AUGUACUCGGCGACGGGCAUGCUCAUGCUGCUGACGGCGGCGCUGGCGAUCCACGCGCCGUCCGCGUGGGGGCUCGACCGCGCCGAGUUCCCGCCCGGGUUCAUCUUCGGCGCGGCCACGUCUGCUUACCAGAUUGAGGGCGCGUACCUGGAGGACGGCAAGGGCCUCAACAACUGGGAUGUCUUCACCCACACACGGCCUGGGGACAUCACGGAUGGACGGAACGGGGACGUAGCAGAUGAUCACUACCACCGGUACAUGGAAGAUGUGGAGAUCAUGCACGAUCUAGGCGUUAACUCGUACAGAUUCUCCAUUUCGUGGGCAAGAGUCCUGCCAAGAGGCCAUUCGGGAGGCGUUAAUUCAGCUGGAAUUGCGUUCUAUGACCGCCUGAUCGCUGCACUGCUGCAGAAAGGGAUAGAGCCAUUCGUGACCUUGCACCACUUCGAUCAGCCACAGGAACUGGAGACCCAAUACGGCAGCUGGCUGGGCACCGGAAUCCGGGAGGAGUUUGAUUACUACGCGGACGUGUGCUUCAGGGCGUUCGGUGAUCGGGUCAAGUUCUGGACGACGUUCAAUGAGCCCAACGUAUUAGCCAAGGACUCUUACAUGCUGGGAACGUACCCUCCCAAUCACUGCUCCUCACCAUUCGGGACCUGCAACAGCGGCAACUCAUACCGGGAACCCUAUGUCGCGGCUCACAACAUCAUCAUGUCACAUGCUGCAGUUGUCGACAACUACAAGAGAAACUAUCAGGCAAAGCAAGGUGGCUCGAUCGGGAUUGUGAUUGAGAUGAAAUUUUACGAGUCACUGACGAAUAACACGGAGGAUAUCCUGGCGGCACAACGUGCAAUGUCUUUUGAGAUACACUGGUUUUUAGAUCCUUUGUUCUUCGGAGAAUAUCCCAAAGAAAUGCGUGAGAUGUUAUCAUCAAACUUACCAAAAUUCUCCGUAGCAGAAAAGAGACUGCUGCAAAACAAGGUUGAUUUCAUCGGAAUAAACCACUACACUGCAAUUUAUGCCAAGGAUUGCAUGUUAUCUCCGUGUGACCUUAACACUUACGAGGGGAAUGCGUUGGUCCUUGCUAUAGGUGAAAGAGACGGUUUACAAAUUGGAAAACCGACUGCACUCGAUGGUUUUUAUGAUGUUCCAGAAGGCAUGGAGAAGAUCAUCACGUACGUCAAUAAGAGAUAUGAGAAUGUGCCUAUCUAUGUUACUGAGAACGGCUACUCACAACACAGCAGUAACGGUCUAGAAGACUUGGUCAAUGAUGUUGGAAGGGUGAACUACCUGCAUGGUUAUCUCUCAUCUGUCGCUUCUGCUGUCAGGAGAGGGGCAAACGUGCGUGGCUACUUCGUCUGGAGUCUCAUGGACAACUUCGAAUGGGCACAUGGUUUCACCGUACGGUUCGGUUUAUACCACGUGGAUUUUAACACACAAGUGAGGACUCAAAAGAUGUCUGCGAAGUGGUACCAUGACUUCCUGAUGGGUUCUAGGCCGGUGGACGCAUUGCAGACUCUGAGAGCAUAUUCUUGA